GAGAAGGAAGAGGCAGGGGGUGGGGGGAGAGCGAGCACCAGGAACAGCGCCUGCGCGGUGGGCGUGAUCCGGGCACUUAGGGCAGGAUGAACGCUGCUUUCCAAGAUGGCGACGGAGGGAGGAGGGAAGGAGAUGAACGAGAUUAAGACCCAAUUCACUACCCGGGAAGGUCUGUACAAGCUGCUGCCGCACUCGGAGUACAGCCGGCCCAACCGGGUGCCCUUCAACUCGCAGGGAUCAAACCCUGUCCGCGUCUCCUUCGUAAACCUCAACGACCAGUCUGGCAACGGCGACCGCCUCUGCUUCAAUGUGGGCCGGGAGCUCUACUUCUAUAUCUACAAGGGGGUCCGCAAGGCUGCUGACUUGAGUAAACCAAUAGAUAAAAGGAUAUACAAAGGAACACAGCCUACUUGUCAUGACUUCAACCACCUAACAGCCACAGCAGAAAGUGUCUCUCUCCUAGUGGGCUUUUCUGCAGGCCAAGUCCAGCUUAUAGACCCAAUCAAAAAAGAAACUAGCAAACUUUUUAAUGAGGAAAACUCUUGUCAGCACUUGUGGAAGGUGGAUUGGAAUGAAGAAAGACAGAAUGAAGGUAGCAAGACCAGUGAGGAGGCUCUAGUAACUGUCCAGAGACUAAUAGACAAGUCACGAGUUACCUGUGUCAAAUGGGUUCCCGGUUCGGAAAGCCUUUUCCUAGUAGCCCACUCAAGUGGGAACAUGUACUUAUAUAACGUGGAGCACACUUGUGGCACCACAGCCCCCCACUACCAGCUUCUGAAGCAGGGAGAGAGCUUUGCCGUGCACACUUGCAAGAGCAAAUCCACGAGGAACCCUCUCCUUAAGUGGACGGUGGGCGAGGGGGCCCUCAACGAGUUUGCUUUCUCCCCAGAUGGCAAGUUCUUAGCGUGCGUGAGCCAGGACGGGUUUCUGCGGGUAUUCAGCUUUGACUCAGUGGAGCUGCACGGUACGAUGAAAAGCUACUUUGGGGGCUUGCUGUGUGUGUGCUGGAGCCCGGAUGGCAAGUACAUUGUGACAGGUGGAGAGGAUGACUUGGUGACAGUCUGGUCCUUUGUAGACUGCCGAGUAAUAGCCAGAGGCCAUGGGCACAAGUCCUGGGUCAGUGUCGUAGCGUUUGACCCCUAUACCACUAGUGUAGAAGAAAGUGACCCUAUGGAGUUUAGUGGCAGCGAUGAGGACUUCCAAGACCUUCUUCAUUUUGGCAGAGAUCGAGCAAAUAGUACACAGUCCAGGCUCUCCAAACGGAACUCUACAGACAGCCGCCCUGUAAGUGUCACAUAUCGAUUUGGUUCCGUGGGCCAGGACACACAGCUGUGUUUAUGGGACCUUACAGAAGAUAUCCUUUUCCCUCACCAACCCCUCUCAAGAGCAAGGACGCACACAAAUGUCAUGAAUGCCACGAGUCCUCCUGCUGGAAGCAAUGGGAACAGUGUUACAACGCCUGGGAACUCUGUGCCCCCUCCUCUGCCACGGUCCAACAGCCUUCCACAUUCAGCAGUCUCAAAUGCUGGCAGCAAAAGCAGUGUCAUGGACGGGGCCAUUGCUUCUGGGGUCAGCAAAUUUGCAACACUUUCACUACAUGACCGGAAGGAGAGGCACCACGAGAAAGAUCACAAGCGAAAUCAUAGCAUGGGACACAUUUCUAGCAAGAGCAGUGACAAACUGAAUCUAGUUACCAAAACCAAAACGGACCCUGCUAAAACUUUGGGAACGCCCCUGUGUCCCCGAAUGGAAGACGUUCCCUUGUUAGAGCCGCUGAUAUGUAAAAAGAUAGCACAUGAGAGACUGACUGUAUUAAUUUUUCUCGAAGACUGUAUAGUCACUGCUUGUCAGGAGGGAUUUAUUUGCACAUGGGGAAGGCCUGGUAAAGUGGUAAGUUUUAAUCCUUAAUGCUGCACCAGAUCUAGAACUUGAAUAGGUAGUGACUUUUUUUUUGUGGGAGGGGCGGGGUGUACAAUGAAUGUGAAUGACACUUCUUAUUCUUAAUGUAAAUCUAAAUGCAUCAGAGCCAUAAUUUUGGAUACUGCAUGCCAUGUAAUUCUGAAUCAUUUGAUAAUUUACCUUAGAGCAUUUAAAAAAAUAUAAUCAAAGUAAUUGCCAGCCAAGUCAGUCAUCCUGGGAGCAUAUAGAGUCCCGAGGUCAGCGUUCCUGUAUUAGACUAUUUCAGUUUUAGGGAAAUCAUGACAGUGUGGGAAACAAUGACUUUAAAAUGCUACGAUUACAAUUCAUGCUUUAACUGGGAUAUUUUUGCUUAACUACUCAAUUAGAAUAUUGUACACCUGAUCAGUGUGUGUUCAGCACAGAUGGCCAUGAAUUGUCAUUUAUAGUCCAAUUUUUUAUCUUAAUCACAAAAUGUUUAGGAAUCUAUGAAAUUUAACCUUAGGAACAAAACGUUUAGCAGGGUUGAUUGAUAUUAUUUUUACAUUGUUCUGGCAAUCCACAGAAAGAGAAGAGCCUUAAUUUUUAAAACCCAUUUUAGUCAUUUUAUGACAAUUAAAGUUGUUUAAUAAACAUCUUUUUUCAAAGAAGCAGUUUGUAGCACUUUGAUUGAGAUUCUGUGCACUAAAAUACCCACCUUACUCAGAGCCUGGACAGUUCAUGGAAACUGCGGGCUGAGGACACCAACAGCAUUGCAGAAGUGCCUCUUGCCGCAUAAGCGAAGACCUUUUAGGUCAGAUGCGCUUUGCUUAUGUGUUUUCCCAACAAGGGAAAAGGAGUUUUUUGGGUUUUUCCUGGGGGGAGGCAGGGGGGGUGGUCAGAAAGGCACGUGCGACUCCGCUUUUCUUCGUAAAGCCAAAGCCGGAGACUCCCCAAGACUUCUGACUUCUCCUUGACAUGGCCCUUGUUUGGGCUUAACCCCCCCCAGAGGAAGCAGAAGUGCAGGUUUCCCCUUUCCUUGUUCUUGGAUGGCGGCUGUGGCUCAGGGAUUACUCUUGGGAUGCUGGCGCUGGCCAUGCCCUUGGACCUCAUCCUCAGUGGCUCCCACCCUGGAGCCUCAGCCUGGGCCCUGGUGGCCAGUGGCCUCCUCAGCAGUGGGAGGCUGUGCUGUUCCCCCGGUGACCGCAGUCCUUCAUCCUCACUCUCUCUGUUGCUGCACAAGGAGCUGCUUUUCAAAUUCUAGCUUUCACAUUGGGUGAGAUGGCCCCUUGAGCUGCAUAUGGCAUGUCAAGAUGGUGGUUAUCUUACUUGUUAACUCAUUUUGGGCAUUUAGGUUUUUCUGUUUUGCACACCUUUGUAAUUAAAUAUAGAGAUAACGAUCACUGAUACUGGUUUGCUUAGUGAACAUGAUUCAGCAGGGUGAAGAGCUGGCUGACUUUUCUUUCUCUGCAGUGUAAAGACCCUGGUAGGUGGAGCCGCAGCUGCCUGCGCUCUUAAAGGACCUCCCAGGAAAGCCGGGCCAGGUCCCCAGGCCUGCUUCCCAUCUCCAAACAUGUCACGGUGGAGCCGCCCACCCUGUGCCCAGCGUGGGUCCUAACCCAGUGCUCUCUCUUCAGUGUGGUGGCAGGGCAGCACGUGGCCACGGGGACCACAGCAACCUUCAGGGGCGUUUCACCUGUCUGUGCCUUUAGCAUCCCUGAGCACUGCUUCAUGGGAAUGUCCGUGUCCUCUCCAACUGUGCCAUACGGGCCUCUGUUCCUAAAGGUGAACUGAUCUAAGGUAGCCAUGACAGCCAUCCUUGUGGACAGUUUCAGCUUUGGAGGUCACAUUGGGUCAUGUGGAGAGACGAGUAAUGAACACUCGGUGUGCGAUUUUAUGCACCUACAUAGUUGUAAAUGUUCAGUUUCAAAUGCUUCUGAGGCAUUGAGUAUGCAGUUUCAAAAUUCAGGACUCAGUAUUCGGCCUACAUAGAGAGGGGCUGGUCCCAGGUAAGUAGCAUUUAUGGUGACACUUCUGGUGACCUUGUAGUUCUGAAAUGUUGCCCGUGACAGGGAGUCAAGGGCGUGUGCCCGAGUACCAGCAUGGCCGACUGGGUGCGCUCUGAUCUCUCCCCACUCUCCAGCUCUCAGUUGCAGUGGCGGGAUGGAAGAGGGAGUGCAGGGGCUUGCUGCCAGGUGACUUAGGAGUCAGCUGAAAGGAACCGGGAGCGGGAGAGGCAAGAGGAGAUCGUUUCCUUUAAAAACAACUCUGAAACGUGCUGUGCAGUACGGAGGCCUGCCUGUGUCUUUCUCCCCACACCUCAAGUGUUAAACACCAUGAUAUUGUCAGCUUUGGAUUUGGGGCUCAAUCACCAUCUUUUUCUGCCAAUUUUUGCCAAGGAGUACUGUCCUUAAUGUCUUUCUGGUACCUUGUCUGGUGGGGCCCCCUCAUUGUGUCUCCAUGCCCUCCCCAAGACUCCUCUUGCUGGGUUCAGGGUCCAGUGGGGAGUGCUGUGCCCGCCUGGGGGGGGUUGCCUUUGAUUGCAUGGCUCGACUCCUGGCUCAUCCCAGUCUGGCCCAGGCCCUGCAGGGUAACACCACUCUGCGUUCACUCUGCCGCUCUGACUGCUACUCCUUUCUUUGACAGCCGGCAGAGCACUUCUGCAGGCAGGACAGCAUGCAAGGCGUUCUCCAAGACCAGAGCUAAAGGUGCCUGACAGCUUGAGGAGACGAGGCACUGGAGAGAGGGGCGGGGGAGCGCCCUCCCUGGGCCAUGCUUCCGAGUAAUGGCUCCGGCAGACCCGGGGCGGGGCCGGGGAGGGGUGCUUCCUGACACCAGGUGUGCCACUACAAUGUGUGUUGCUUCCCAUGGUAGACAGUAAGAGAAACUUGGGGAAUCACAUUUGUCAGUUUUUCAGCUUAAACGUUCUUGUGAGCAGGAACGGCGUUUGUAAUCUCUGGAACGAAGCACAGCAUUUGGCCAGAAGAGGCUUUUAACUGCUCAGUCAGCAUCACUUUUCUAAUGUGUACCAAACCGCAGAGGUGAAAAGCACAGACAAAGAUCAGGUGCACGCUGAGUGGCCGCAGAGUCCCGCUCCUACCUGGCAAGGGGGCAAGCUCGGCCCUGGGUGGUGUCAGGCACCUUCCGAAGGUGGCAGGCCAGGGGACCCUCUCCUUGUCCUACCCAGGCUGGCCUCUUCCGCCAGAAUUCCAGAAGCCAGGGGUGUGUGGUGACUGCAGUGCGUGGGCUUCCAAACACUACCUGCCGGGGCCCCAGCCUUUCCCUCAGGCUUUUAUCUUAUUCAGGAGAAGGGGAUUAAACCCACCCCCCCACCAGGCCUGGAGAAGGGAACCUUUGGAAAACCUUGCCUUCUUUUGAAAGCAAAUGCAUGUGCAGGAUUAGACACUGGAGAAAUAGCCAGUAGCCUUGGGGUUGGAAUUUGCUUAAAUCAUGGCAAAUUAAAUCAUCUAAUUUCUCUUUUGUGCUGAUUGAACCUUCUAGCAGUUUGGAAGUGUUCUCCUGUGAACCCUUAGCUUGGGACUGAGGAUAAAUGCCUUAAAAAUGGAGGCAUGGAAAAUCAGAAAGGAGAUAGCACAAUGAUUCUUAUCUCAGAGGCAUGCAGGGAUUCUGAGGAAGAAAUGCUGUGACAGGACGAGGUUUUCUGGACACGAACACCAUCCGGGUGGGGCCGGCGCGCUUCUCCCCCCGCUGGCUUCACCCCCAGGGCCCAGCUGGCAGGUGGCCGGCCAGCGUUUCUCCCCAGUUCCUCCACUUCCUGGGGUUCAUUUUAAAUAUUAAAGAAAUUGUCAAGUGUGAAAUUAGUGCUGAAGCUGGUGGAACUGCCUUAUCACAUGGCUGUGCCUGAGUUCCAGGUCCUCAUGACCUCUUUCCUGGGAGGGAGACUUUUUUUUUCUUUGUUGAGCGAACUCAAAGUGUGAGGAGGAGGAGAAAGCCCUAGGGGUUGGGGGCGCCUGGAGAAGGGACCCACGGAAACCCAGGCACCACAUCAUGUGUGGUCUGACUACCCAAGGAAGAACUAGAAGCGGUUCACCUGUGGAUUUUCUGGGGAAAGAUUCGUGGAACGCAGCAUCUGGCAUCCAGCUCUGUGGGUGAGGGCAUGGCUGGGGGUCCGUCGGCCCUGCCCUGCCUCCAGUGCCAGUGGACGGGGGCAGGGUCGGCCUCUGACUGCACGGAUGCACAUUGCGGUCGACGUGUGCCCGUGGCUGAGGUUUCACUCCUCAGCAGUGAGAACCUCUGCGUGCAUGGGUAGGGGUGGAGUGACCUGGAGACGCCGCCUCCACUUUGGUCUGGGUGACAGAGGUGAGGGUUGAUAGUCUACUGCCCUGACAGCAGCCUGCAGGGCCCUCCUUUGUCUGGAGCACGCUCUUUGCCACCGGCCGAUUGGGACUAUCAUAUGUUGGUUUAUGUUAAGGUGCGUAUCUCAGUGACCCCAAGUCAUAUCUCAAAGGGAGGAGACAUUUGUGUGGCCAAAGUGAAGUGUGUGGCUUUGUAUUGAGAAGCACUCGUAUUUAACUGUUACCAUUGAAACUCAGAUCCCAGUCACAAACUGUAAGAACAUGCCCCUCCAGUAGAGGGAAGCUAUCCCACGAUGUUGAUUUUUUAAUCCAUUUCUGCAUCUGUUACACGAACUUUGUGUCAUAAAUUGCUGUCCCUUCAUUUGAAAGUGUAAAAGAAAAAUUUCCUACAUUCUUAUCAUUUCUGUAUACUUGAGUUUAUUAAAGAUUGUUAUGUUAGGUGACACUGUAUAAAAUUGUAUAGAUAUUUUGAGUGAAAAUCAAAAGUAAAAUUCACAUGUAUUUCCUUUUUUAUAUUUUCAUCUAAUUUCUUGACAACUUGAAUAAAUUUCAUAAAGAGCCUUCCUAACAUGAAA